AGGGGCGGCAGCACCGGAGGAGCCGCCAUCUUGAAUGGGUGGCCUCGCCUCAGGGCGGCUCCCAGGUCCCGGCCCCGCCCCGUCUCGCUCCCCGGAGCCAUGGCGGCCCAGGGGCAGUGCUCGAUGAGGCAGGACGUGCGGCUCCUGUCCCUGGGCGGCCAUGUGGGCUUCGACAGCCUCCCCCAGCAGGUGGUCAACAAGGCCCUGGCCAGGGGCUUCAGCUUCAACAUCCUGUGCGUGGGCGAGACGGGCAUCGGCAAGUCCACGCUCAUGAACACGCUCUUCAACACGGUCUUCGAGACGGACGAGUGCAGCCACUUCGAGGGCCGCGUGCACCUGCGGCCGAGCACCUACAGCCUGCAGGAGAGCGACGUGCGCCUCCGGCUGACCAUCGUGGACGCGGCGGGCUUCGGCGACCAGCUGGACAAGGACUGCGGGCCCGUGGUGGACUACGUGGACGAGCAGCUGGAGAGCUACCUGCAGGAGGAGCUCAAGAUCCAGCGCUGCUUCCGCGACUAUCAGGACACGCGCGUGCACGUGUGCCUCUACUUCCUGACGCCCACGGGCCACUCGCUCAAGGCCGUGGACCUGGUGACCAUGAAGCGGCUGCACAGCAAGGUGAACAUCAUCCCGCUCAUUGCCAAGGCGGACACGCUGACCAAGGGCGAGCUGCCCCGCUUCAAGAGCAAGAUCCUGAGCGAGCUGGGACAGCACGGCGUGCACAUCUACCAGUUCCCCACGGACGACGAGGCCGUGGCCGAGACCAACGCGUGCAUGAACGCGCAGCUGCCCUUCGCCGUGGUAGGCAGCACGGAGCGCGUGCUGGUGGGCGGUCAGCUGGUUCGCGGCCGCCACUACCCGUGGGGCGUGGUGCAGGUGGACGACGACUGCCACUGCGACUCGGGCCGGCUGCGCGACAUGCUGAUCCGUGUGAACAUGGAGGACCUGCGCGAGCAGACGCACCGCAGGCACUACGAGCUCUACCGGCGCCAGAAGCUCGAGGACCUGGCCCUCCAGGGCGACCAGGUAGACCAGGUCGACCAGGUCGACGAGGACCAUGAGGCCCUGCGCAGGGAGCUGGCGGCCGACAUGCGCCGGCAGGAGCGGCUGCUGCGCCAGGCGCUGGCCGCCCGGGCCCGCGAAGUGGAGGCACAGGUGAAGGAGAAGGAACGGGAGCUGAACGAGAGGUUCGAGGACCUCAAGAGGAUCCUGCAGGAGGAGAAGGCCAAGGUGGAGGAGAAGCGCCGGCAGCUGGAGGACGACAAGAACGCCUUCAACCACCACAGGGCGGUCGUGGAGGCCAUGCAGGCCAUGCAGGCAAUGCAGGAGCAGGCCAUGCAAGAGCAGGCCAUGCAGGAGCAGGCCAUGCAAGAGCAGGCCAUGUAUGCUCAGGCCAUGCAAGAGCAGGCCAUGUAUGCUCAGGCCAUGCAAGCAGUGCAGGCACAGGCCAUGCAGGCACAGGCCAUGCAAGAGCAAGCCAUGCAGGCACAGGCCAUGCAAGCAGUGCAGGCCAUGCAAGCAAUGCAGACCAUGCAAGAGCAGGCCAUGCAAGUUCAAGCCAUGCAGGCCACCUCCCAGCAAUCCACCCCGAAAAAAGACAAAGAUAAGAAACAGUAAAGCUCGGGCAGAUCUGUACAUCCAGGGGACUUUGGACUUCAUGUGUUAAGAGUUAGCCAGCCACCUUCUAAUCAUCCCAUAACACGGUGUGAAGACAGCCUGAAAGCCAGUAUAGACUACAGUGUUUGCAGCAAAGACUUAAUACUCAUCAUAGAGGAUGCUGCACAUUGGGCCAUAUAGGCUGGGCUGCUGCCCCACAUGCAAAGACAAAGGAUCCAAUGUUGGAACUGAAACUGACAAGGUUUAUAUUUUUCAGAACCAGCAGUGGAUCUUUCAUUUAUAGGGUUGUCAUCUCUUGAUGGAGCAACUUGUGCCAAUUUAAUGAAGCCUAUGACCCCAGUUAUGUUGUAUGUGAUAGUUCAAAGUUAAGAUGGCUACUUACAAGGUGCCUGUUCUCGGUGUCACCAAACAGUCUGUUAAAGAAACUCACUUCAAUUUAAUUUUUCUAAUCAGAAUUUAACUUUCCUAAGAAUUUUUUAAACACUUCUUAAUUUGCAACUUGAUGUAAAUAAAGCUAAGUUACAACCCUUCCCAUUAUUUCUUACAAGUAACACUUCGCAUUAAAACAAACCUUACUAACAUUCUAUAAGCUUUUCCUAUCAAGUACCACAUGGGAUACAGUAAAGGUAAGGAUAGUUAUCUUAGAGAAAAGAAAGCUGAGGGAAAGCAUUGAUUGCUGGCUUUAGAGAUCUGAAGGGACACAUGAGGGAUCUAGGCCUAAGGCUCAAAGUUAGAUUCCUAGUCAUUAGCUUCUCUCAGAUUUGGUCUAGGCACAGAGGUGGGGAACCUUCAGCCUCAAGGCCACAUGUGGCCAUCUAGGAACUCAAGUGCUGCCCUUUGAAUCCAAACUUCACAGAAGAAAUCCCUUAAUAAAAUGAUUUGUUCUGUGAAACUUGAACUCAGUCAAAAAGCAGCACCCAAGGACCUAGAAGGCUACAUGUGGCCUGGAGGCCAAAUGUUUCCCACUCCUGGUAAGGGAUCCUCACUUGUGGCCAUAGAACUUUUUUUUUUUAAACCAUUAACCACUUUUUCUAAAAUUCUCUGAUCACUGUACCCAAACUGAAAUAGUUACUCUUCUUGAUGUUUUCGUACCUUGAGCCUCCUGGUAUUCAUGAGUUUAGAUACUGGUCACACUUUAUUACUAAUUUCACAAGACCAUAGGAUCGUAAAUCUAGAGCUCCCUUAUUUUUCGGACAAGGAAACUGAGGCCUGGGUAAGUUGAAUCUUAUAGGUAGUAUUUGAAGUGAUAUUAUAACUCAAGUCUUCUAGCUUCAGAGUAAGUACUCUUUCCAUUGCACUACACUGUCUCCUAGAUGACUUUUCUGGCCUUAAAAUCUUGUGAUCUAAUUCUUUGACCAUAGAAGUGGUCAUAUUGACUGACUGACCUAGUAAUAGUCCAUUACAUUCAUGCAUCACAGUUGGUUUAGCCAGUACUCACUGAUGGGUAACAACUUUGUUUCCAGUUCUUUGAUAAAACAAAAAAGUUCUGAUAGAAAUAUUUUGGUGUAUAUGGAGCAUUUCUGUUUUAAAUCAGUGAUGUCCUUUAUAGUACAUGGCUAGCAGUGGAAUCUUCAGCUCACAAGAGUAUGGAUGUUUUAGCCACUUAAUUUACAUAAUUCCAAAUUGCAUCCCAGAAUGAUUUCUACAACAUCAUAGCUCCACCAACAAUACGUUGGUGUGUCCAUCUUUCCAUAAUACCUCCAACAUUACUUAUUUUUAUCUUUGACACCUUUGUCAAUUUUCUGGAUGUGAAAGGAAACCUUAGGGUUGUUUUGAUUUGCAUUUCUCUUAUUAAUGAUUUGGAGCAUUUGUUCAUGUGGCUAAUACAAGUGAGAAAUAGAAAAUUCUUUUGGGAAAUGUUAUCUGUUGGCCACUUCUCUAUUUGGGAAUGGUUUUUGUUCUUAUAUAUCUUUGCUAGUUGUCAGCAUAUCUUGAAUAUGUAGAAAAACACAUAUUAGAAAUAUUUUUCUCCGUUAACUGCUUCCAUUCCUAGAUACAUUGUUUAUGCAAAAAGCCUUUUAAUUUCAUGUAAUAAAAAAAUUACCAAUUUUA